AUGGCAUCGAUUGGAUCAAUAGAAGCAUUUGAUGUAGCGAACCCUGCAGCAUGGGGAUCAUAUAGAAAACGGUUUGAAAGGUUUCUACUAGCCAACGGCAUCACAACGGCGGAGAUCCAGAAAGCAACGUUCCUGACAAUUUGUGGAUCUCAUUGUUUUAACUUGGUGGAAUCCCUCAUUUCACCUAAGACAUUGGAGCAACACACUUACAAAUCCAUCAUCGAAGAACUUACUCAACACUUUACACCAGCUCCAUCUGAAAUUGCCUCGUUCUAUAGAUUUUUUAAGCGCGAUCAACAGAGUAAUGAGUCUGUUGCAGAGUACAUUGCAGAACUUCUUAUAAUUGAUUGCAAUUUUGAUGGAACCAUGGUAGAUCGAAUUUUACGCGACCGACUGGUGUGUGGAUUGCGAAAUACACAUUUGCAGAAGAGUCUUUUAGCCGAAACGAAACUCACUCUUAAAUCAGUCCAACACCGUGCAAUUGCUGCAGAGAAUGCAGCCAAAAGUCAGCUCGUUAUUCAACAAGCAGUUCCGCAGCAAGAUCAUGUUCAUGCUAUAAAAUCCAGACCACAAAAGCACCAGCACCAUAAUCCACGAACUGCUGAUGAUGAUAAAACAGUUAGCAGAGAGAAGAAUCAAAAGCAACAAACCUGUUUUAGUUGUGGGAAUUAA